AAUCGGGUACGUAGUGGUCGUACUUGAAUUCCACCCCCUUCCAUGUCGGCACUCUUCACCCCCCCUCCUAGCGAUUUGGCGUCCACCCCCCCUUCUUCCCGUCCUGCAUGCAAAGGGAAAAAACCACAGGACGACUCAUCGGUCCCCCGGCACCAUGGCCGUGCCUCUGACGCCGUGGCCGGCCCUGCCGGCCCUGUCUGCUUUAUAAACGCGUGCCCGUCCUGAUUUUUGCCACUGGCCUUAAGAUGGAUCCGACUCGCAACCUCUAAACUCCAGGUCCUUGAUCAUCAUGAUCUCCCUCUAUGGCCAACCUCAGACCAACAAUCACCAUUACCUCUUCACAGACGACCAGCACCAGCAGCAGCACCAGCAGCAACAGGACCGUCACUUCACUUCAUUCGCCUCGGACGAACUACCGCUGCCCUCGUCAAGUUUUGAUCUGCCCGAAGGCAGCGACGAUAUCGUCCUGACCAGUGAACACAUGCAGCCCGACAGUUGGGCCUCGCCCGCCCAGUUCACACCGAGGCUUGGUCGGUACUCUCACCAGCGCGAGUCGUCCCUCUCAUCGCUCGCCUCCACGACCGGCCCAGCGUCUCCUUUCGCGGGCUCCACCUCAAAUCCUCAGAUCGCCAUCAACGAUUCCGCCGUCGACAAUCUUCCCGACAUGCACACACACGACGCAACCGCCGUCGCUCAUGGAGGCUCAGUUUAUCAGCUUCCUAAGUCCAUGAACCAUUACACCAACUUUCACAGCUUUGACGGGGCCCUGUCCGAGAUGGCGUACCCGUUAGCGGUCGCUCCGUCGAGAAAAGCCCGGAUCGAUAGAGGCCUCCUGCCGGCACCGGAAUUCCCCGCUGGACACAACGCUUCGCACCCAACGUCGGUAGCCAGCUCUAUUGCAGGAGAUUCACCUGCGACGCCGGGCAUCGGUGAGACUGCGGACCAAGCAGACAGGAGGAGAAACGGUACGUCACCGGGUCAUCUUGGGCCAGGUCGCGAUGUUGGAGACUUUGUGCUCAUCGAUUUCGCAGGUUUUGUCAAUGUUCCGAAAUUGGACAGAACAAUGACCGACGUUUAUGGCGAUGAGUUGUACAAUCCGAACUUCACCAUCACAUCGACAUCGCCCCCACGGGUGCCUGUUACCUCGCCCACCAACGAUCUCUUCACCCAGCGCAUCAGUGCAGCAAACAGUCACCAUCUUAGUGCGGCGCAUUCUCCUUCCUCUUCCAUAUCACGCGCCCGGUCACCAUUUCGUACUGGGUCUCCAUUUGCGGCGCCUCCUAUGCACGACACCUCUUCAGACUACUCCCUCAGCAAUACCCGAGGCUUGGGGAAGCAAACCAGAGCGACGCAGGACCCUCAGAUGGUUGCUCAGCAUGAUCGUAUCUUGGAGCCUGAGACGCCGAAGACCAUCUCGCCCAAGGAUGCCGUUCUCGAAUUCACCGAUGCGGACAACGAGACAAACUUUCCCUUGUUCCCUCAAGAUCCGGCCAGCUACGGCAUGGAUGCGUUGGCCAAAGGCAUUCUGGAGCCAGGGGUAGACGAAUCGUACCUGCAGACCAACGACGGGAGCUCAGCUGCCGCCAUGGCGCUCAUGCCAUCUCAAGCUUCCCUUGGUAUUCAGGUGCCGCAGCAGUAUCCGUUCAUCUCACGCUCUGGGUUAAGGCACGACACCCCCCCCCGACUCAGCUCGUCGGGCUCAAGCUCUGUUGGAUCCAGGCUCAACACGCCUUCAAAUUUGACACGCCCGGCCGCCACAGGUGCCGAAGGUGGCACGUACACCUGCACGUAUCAUGGUUGUACGCUCAGAUUCGAGACACCAUCACUGCUACAGAAACACAAGCGGGAGGGUCACAGGCACACGCAGGGCAUUGGUAGCAGCCGGGACCUGGGAAUGACGUCGACCUUGCUCAACACCCAGGCCGGCCCGCAUCGCUGCGAUCGGAUUAAUCCAAGCACUGGAAAGCCGUGCGGCACAAUCUUCUCGAGGCCAUACGACUUGACAAGGCACGAGGACACCAUCCACAACGCCCGCAAACUCAAGGUCCGAUGCGACCUGUGCACUGAUGAGAAGACGUUCAGCCGAGCGGAUGCUCUGACGCGACAUUACAGGGUGUGCCACCCCGAUGUGGAACUUCCUGGAAAGCACCGUCGCCGUGGAGGUGGUUAGGUGGUAACUGUUCAACAGCUCUGGCUAGGGCAGCGUGGCUCCCCCAGUCUUACCCCUUCCAUUACCAGUCAUGACGACGCUGUGCUCAGGGCAGAAGUGACCACUAGCGGGACAGAAAGACGGCGUCCCGCUUUUGUGGACCCAAGGGUCCUCUUGCAGACUGCAGGGUCCACCCCGCUCUGCGCUGACGUCACAAUGCCUGAUCGCCCGCGACCGCUGACAUCACCGUGCAUCGAUCCACGGAGCUGAGCCGCUUGUCAACAUCAUCGCUGCACAGGCGCCUUGGAAACGCAUCGGACAUCUUGAGGUCCGAGCCAUCCAAAAGCAACGUCCCCACCUCCGCGCAGAACCAAGCAAAGCUGCUGGGACGCACGGCACGGCUUGUCGGCGCAGCUUUGUCUAUCAGGUGCGCCUCGCCGAGGCUCAUCGUCACCACCCCUUCUCGGCGUUGGUGAUGCUGUGGUGAUGUCUUGAUCGACGCGGUGGAGCCGGGUUGAGAAUCUCCUCCCGUGGCACGGUUCGAGCCAUUCAGUGGGUACUGAAUGAAACCUGCCAUUUCUGCGGCUCACAGUGCCGAUGGUUUUAGUGUUACGCUCUUUACGCCAGCUUGUCGUACGCUGAUGGCUGCUUCGCCGUUGCGGUAGCAGCGAGCCACUUAAUCGCUGGUUUCUACUGGGCUGGCUUGUAUUCGGACUUGUAAUAUCAUUGGAAUGAGGUUUUAGAUAAAAGAGCGUGGAGAAUACGGCGAUUUUAUUUGGCUGCCCAGAGUUUUCGGUCUUCUGGCAUGGGAAAACAUGUUAAUCAAGUUUAGUUGUACGAUAUGGGUGAAGGCAUGGAAUGCAUGCGAGUGUGGAACAAGCGCAUUGAUGGAGACGCGUGCGCGACACGACGAAAAUGCACUAGUGACAUUAGGCAUAGAAAGAUACCUCUUUUAUUGAUGAACGAACGGAAUUUGGCAAGAGCCGC